AUGUACAUACAGACAGAUGUACGUACAUACACACACACACACACACACACAUGUACAUGCACACACAGACACAUGUACACACACACAUACAUGUACAUAAACACAGACACAUGUACAAUUGUACACAUGUAAAAGUACACACACGCACACACACCACCCCCCCCAUAAAAAGUUGCAGUACUUCGAUGUUCACUCACAGAGCUGGGUACUGCAAUCUAGGGGGAGGCAGAGAGCACAGCACACACUCCUUUCUUUGCUUUCCCUACGCUCAGCUAUUGAGCAGUCUGACGGCUCCCAGUGCCAAUGACAGAUCCGGCCUGAGCUCUGAGCCUGCUCAGCAAGACGGCCCUGGGGGACACACUCGCCCCCACCAUAAUUUCCACUCGCCAUUGGCGAGCAGGCGAGUGGAAAUUUCA